CUUUUCUGUGUAUGUGUGUCUCUAUGUUUCAACUUCAUGGCCACUCCAUGAGCACUCCAAAAAUUAGUAGGUCAACCUAGAAAAAAAUUGCUUUAGAUGGUGGAUCAUGGAUGGCAGUUAUUAAGAUGAAAAGUAGAAGAGAAAAUUGAAGGAAAUGAGAUCAAUUAAUAGGAGAACAUAAACUUGUUUUCCAUUUGUUAGUGAAGGCUGAAAAAGAUAAUAUGGAUUUCUAGGGGCAAGAAACAUAUGUUGAUUACAAAAAAUUUGUGUUAUAUGGACAUAUUAACUCUUGUUAUUUUUCUUUUUUCUUCUUACACAAGUCACUCAAAGUCUCAAACAAAAUUACUAGAUAAUUGCCUUUUUUUUCCCAUUAAAAAAAAAAUAAAAAAAGAGAUACAAGUAUUAAACUAGCUAAACCUGCUAAAGCCUAAUUACCUCGCAUCUAAAACCCCUACGGCGUGGGUCCGUUAACCAUGAGAAAAAAAUGACAACCUUUAUCAGCCGUCUCUACCGCCGGAAAACACCGUCGGCAGCUACUCUAGUCUCCACGCGCCGCCGUCUAUUCACAUCCCCCUCUCCCUCCUCCUCAUCCUCCUCGACUUCUUCGAAACUCCGCACCGAAUACUCCUUUGUGGCUCCCCCCUCUCUCCUCCCACAAGAACCCAAUAAGAGUACCGAUUUUCAACCCGGGCCCGAACCCGGAACCCGAAAGCCGCCCAAGCCCGCCUACCGACCCCCAUCGUCCCUGAACAAGUCGGUCCGGCCGACCAGGUCCGACCUCCCUUUCGAUUUCCGGUUCAGCUACACGGAUAGCAGCCUAAAGGUUCGGCCCAUCGGGCUGAGGGGGCCAAAGUACUCGCCUUUCGGCCCGGGCCGAUUGGACCGGGAAUGGACCGGGGUUUGCGCCCCCGCCGUCGACCCGAAAGAGGGGUCAGCCGAGGUUGACGGUGAGUUGGAAGAGAAAAGGAGGCUGAUGAGAGAGAGGGUCCAGGGAGAGCCAUUGACUAAUUCUGAAAGAAAAGCUCUUGUUGAGGGGUGUCAAAGGCAUAAAACCAAGAGGCAGAUUAAUUUGGGGAGGGAUGGUUUAACUCACAACAUGUUGAACGAUAUUCAUAAUAACUGGAAAUUCACUGAGGCUGUGAGGAUAAAGUGCAUGGGAGUCCCUACUGUGGAUAUGAAGAACAUAUGCACCCAGUUGGAGGACAAAACGUUUGGUCAGAUCAUUCAAAGACAUGGCGGCCUACUUGUGCUUUAUAGAGGUAGGCAUUAUAAUCCGAAGAAAAGGCCCGUGAUUCCACUUAUGUUGUGGAAGCCUCAAGAGCCCGUUUAUCCUCGUCUCAUCAAAACUACUAUCGAUGGCUUAAGCAUUGAGGAAACUAAGGAAAUGAGAAAAAAAGGACUAUCUGUGCCUGCCUUAACUAGACUUGCUAAAAACGGCUAUUAUGGUAGUCUCGUUCCUAUGGUAAGGGAUGCCUUUCUCUGUGAUGAGCUCGUUCGAAUAGACUGUAAAGGCCUCCCGAAGAGUGAUUACAAGAAAAUAGGGUGCAAAUUGAGGGAUUUGGUUCCGUGUACUCUGGUCACAUUCGAGAAGGAACAGAUUGUUAUAUGGAGGGGCAUAAACUACAAGCCAGCUGAAGGUGGAUAUUUUCUCAAGGAAAGGGAAAUAUUCGAGGGUCCAGAUGAUGAUGAUGAUCGAGCAAACGAUCCACAUGGCAAUGAGACAACAGAUUUCGAGCACGAUAAGGCCGAAUACUACUCUGGCGAAUCCGAUGAUGAGUAGUUUUUGUCUUGUAAGAGAAAAAAUCGGUUAUUUUUUGAAUUUACUAAUUAGUUGCUUGAGGUUUUUGGAUGUGUUGGAAACUUGAAUCAACUCUACCAAACUUGCAGAAAGUGAACAGGGCUGGAAAAAAAGUAGAUCCACGACAAGAAUUGUUAUUACCACAUUCACUGUGUUCAUAAUGUGUCUAAAUUUAGUUGAUAGAAUUAAGAAUAGUCUGUUACUUUGUACCUCACAUGCCUCUGCUGAAUUCAUGUGAUGGUGGUUAUGGAGUAUGUGAGUUGUUGAGAUUUGAUGGGCACCACUUUUUAAUGUGAUUUGUUAUUGUAGUAUUUUAUUUUGAGCUCUUGUGGUAUAAAUUAUACUCCCU